ACACAUAAAUGCCCUGGUUGGUGCCAUGGUGCUCACGGGCACACGUUGGAGACCACUGGACUAGGGGUUUUAAACACAGAGCCUAAAUUUAGACACCUACAUCCGUAUUCAGGCAGGUGAAAGUGGCUUCUUUAUAAGAAACACUGGGUGCUCCGAAUUAAAUCCCAUUGUUUCAGGCGUAUUAAUGUUGAAACUCAAGCCAGAUAUUGAGAGAAAUGAAUAUGGAUUUGGGACCUAACUUGUGUGUGCUGUUUAUGGAAUAUUGAGACGCAAGUUUUUGCCCACAAUGGCAGAGUCUGGUAUGUGAUUCACCAGGGACAGUCUGAGGAGACUUGGGGUGCGGAAAGGAUUCAAGCUUCUUUUGAAAUGUCUUCAGUUGCCUGUCUUAUCCUAACAGUCUGCACAACACCCAUGUCUUUCUCCAGCUCAGCCUGUGGCCUGCAGAACCAGGGAAAGGAAAUGGCUGUGGCGGAGCCGGUGACCUUCGAGGAAGUGGCCGUGUAUUUCUCUGAGGAGGAAUGGGCUCUGCUGGACCUGGGUCAGAAAGCCCUGUACUGGAACGUGAUGCAGGAGAAUUAUGAGUCUGUGAGCUGGCUGGCAGGUGAUGGGAUGAUGAGUGCGAACAAUGAGAAGAGUCUUCAUCAGGAAGGACUUCAUCAGCAAGUGGUUUUGCAUGGAAUGUUAUUGGAAAGAUCUGAAGAGCAUGUUUCCCCGAGAGCAGAGCAGGGAGAGACUGGUGUGAGUCAGCAUACCCCAGAAAGGCAGCAGGGAAACCAUGCAGUGGAGAGACAGGGUAAAUCAAGUCAGAGGAGCAGAGGGGUGAAAAGAAACACAGAAACUGCUCAGCAGAAAAUCCCCCAUCAGCUGGAAUCCUCCACUUGCAGUGACUGUGCAACUCUUAUCGAACAUCAAGGAACCCACACACGAGAUAAGCCUUUCAAAUGCUCUAACUGUGGGAAAAGCUUCAGUAGGAGCUCACAUCUUAUUAGUCAUGAGAGAAUCCACACAGGAGAGAAACCCUUCCACUGCUCUGACUGUGGGAAGAGCUUCAGGGAGAGGUGUCACCUGGUUAAACAUAGGACAGUCCACACAGGGGAGAAACCCUUCAGUUGCUCUGAGUGCGGGAAAACCUUCAGUCAGAUGUCAGACCUUGUUAGACAUAGGAGAAUCCACACAGGGGAGAAACCCUUCAACUGCUCAGAUUGCGGGAAAAGCUUCAGUGAGAGCUCUGAUGUUAUCAAACAUAAGAGAAUCCACACAGGAGAGAAACCCUUCAGCUGCUCUGUCUGUGGGAAAAGCUUCAGUGACAGCUCGCACCUUGUUACACAUAGGAGAAUCCACACAGGGGAGAAACCUUUUUAUUGUGCUGACUGUGGGAGACGCUUCAGUAGGAACUCACAUCUUGUCAGACAUCAGAAAAGCCACACAGAAGAGAACCGUUUCAACUGCUCUGACUGUGGGAAAAGUUUUAGAAGGAGCUCACUCCUUUUUGGACAUAGGAAAAUCCACACAGGAGGGAAACCCUUUUACUGUUCUGACUGUGGGAAAAGCUUCAGUACAAGCUCAGACCUUGUUAGACACAGGAGAAUCCACACAGGAGAGAAACCCUUCAACUGUUCUGACUGUGGGAAAAGCUUCAGAGAGAGGUCAGGCCUUGUUAAACAUAGGAGAAUCCACACAGGGGAGAAACCUUAUAACUGCUCAAACUGUGGUAAAAGCUUCAGUCAGCGCUCAAAUCUUGUUACACAUAGGAAAAUCCACACCGGGGAGAAACCCUUUGAUUAUUCUGACUGAGGGGAAAGUUUCAGUCAGUGCUCAGGUCUUAACAAUCAUCAUACGGUCCACACAGAAGAAUCAUAGAAUCAUGGUAUCAAAUCAUAGUACACUAGAAUUAGAAGGGGCCUCGAGGUCAUUGCGUCCAAUCCCCUGCCCUCGUGGCAGGUCCAAGCACCAUCUGUUAUCCCUGAUAGAUGUCUAUGUAACUUGCUUUUAGAUACCUCCAAUGAUGGAGAUUCCACAACCUCCCUCAGCAAUUUAUUCCAAUGUUUAAUCACCAUGACAGUUGGGAAGUUUUUCCCAAUUUCAAACUUAAACCUCCCAGGCUGCCAUUUAAGCCCUUUGCUUCUUCUCCGAUCAUCAGAGGUCAGGGACAACAAUUUUUUUCCCCUUCUCCUUCUAACAUCCUUUUAGGUAUUUGAAAAUUGCUAUCAUGUCCCCUUUCAGUCUUCUCUUUUACAAACUAAAUCAUCCCAAUUCU